GCCCGGCCAGGCCCCGGGGCCCCGUUACCCACCUGCCGCCGCCGCCUCCUUCAGGGGCUGCGCGCCGUCGAGCAGCGCAGGCCGGGGGGAACUCGAAGCGGGCGUGGCCGCCUCAGCCGCCGUCGCCUCAGCCGCCGCCUGGGCCCGUCUCCGCCCGGCGGCCCUCAGGGGCCCCGCAGACCCGGCCAUGGCCCCGCUUGCUCGGCACGACGAGGCCGCUAGUCGAGCGCCCGACGCGGAGUCGCUUUCCCGGCUUCCCUUCCUGCCUUCUUUCCUGUCAGGCGAAGCGACCGACUUGACUUCGGGCUUCGAGCAGAGGACGACAACAAGAGCGAGCGGCUCCGCCCCGCGCGGGCAGCCAUUGGGCGCCAGCCAGGUCCGCCAUCUCCAUUGGAGGAAACGGGUGCCCAUCACUCGGGCUGACGCAUCCCAGUGGCUCCCCGGCGCGCUAAUCAACGGCAUGUGUCCAGCCCCACCCGUUGGGAUAGAGCCGGGCUCUCAUUGGCGGCCGCCUCAAGGCGCUGUCGAGCCGAGCGUGGAACAAAGAAGGGGCGGGGCAGCUGUCACUCAAGGGAGGGCCACGCCCCUUUCCCAGGGGGCGGGGGAGGGCGCCGCCUGAGGGAUUCCGCGCCUGUCCAGCUGCGGAAUCAGGACCCGCUUCGCCAAUGCAGCCGCAAUUCUUUUCCUUCUGGGAAGGCCAAGCAUUUCAGGCAAUCUUUAAAAUGACCAGGAUUAUUCAUUUCAUUUCAUUUUAAAAAUUGCCCGCUGCUUUUUCCAUAUGAAGCAGCCACAUGAAAGAUGAUAAUAAUUUAAAACCAACUUAGGAUAUCUCCACAGAAAAACCAGUGCAAAUUCAUGGAAAGGAAUGUUGUUGUUGUUGUUUAGUGGUGUCCGCCUCUUCGUGACCCCCUGGACCAGAGCAUGCCAGGCACUUCUGUCUUCCACUGCCUCCCGCAGUUUGGUCAAACUCAUGCUGGUAGCCUCGAGAACACUGUCCCACCAUCUCGUCCUCUGUCGUCCCCUUCUCCUUGUGCCCUCCUUCUUUCCCAACAUCAGGGUCUUUUCCAGGGAGUCUUCUCUUCUCAUGAGGUGGCCAAAGUCUUGGAGUCUCAGCUUCAGAAUCUGUCCUUCCAGGGAGCACUCAGGGCUGAUUUCCUUCAGAAUGGAGAGGUUGGAUCUUCUUGCAGCCCAUGGGACUCUCAAGAGUCUCCUCCAGCGCCAGAAUUCAAAAGCAUCCAUUCUUCGGCGAUCAGCCUUCUUUAUGGUCCAGCUCUCACUUCCAUACAUCACUACUGGGAAAACCAUACCUUGAACUAUAUGGACCUUUGUUGGCAAGGUGAUGUCGAAAGGAAUAAAAAAGCACAAUUCUGCUCCAGAUGGCUCACUAGUCCAAAAGCAUUAUAGAGUGACACAGCCCUAGCCUCUGUAUUGGAAUACCAGGGAAGGAACAUUAGGUUCGUGUCCCUCAGGAGGGAGUUCCACAAAAUUGGCGCCACCACCGACAAGCCCAUGGGCCUUGUCAGGGGUGAGUAUGUGGCAGCAAGCCUCUGAGGAAGGAUUUAGCAUGGAAGUUGGCUCCCCUGGUAGAAGGCCAUCCUUCAAGCCUGCGAGAUGUGUCUAUUGUGGGCAAACAUAUUGCAAUCAGUUUUGGUUGCCCUCUUUCAUAGAAGACAUAGCAGUCAGUCACUAAUUAUUAUUAAUAAACAUGACAGGACACUAGAUCUCCUGUGGCAAUUUGGAUUGCAAACUAUGGCGAUCACACAGGGUCCCCGGACGUUUGACUGUCUAUUGAUCCCUGUGCCACCACUGUGAUUGCUUCCCCGCUGCCACCAACCCGUUUCUCUCGGGUACACACAGAGUCCAGACAGUUGCUAACAUUAAAACAAAUAAUCAAGUUUAUUUUAUAAGCCUUAACAAGUUUAUGGUUUCAGAUAGUUUUUCUUGUCAGUUUCUUAAUCGUAGUUUCUUUACUGACCUAAACGUUCCUAACAACUUCAAACUGAUUACCCCAACUAUCUAUCUGACUCCACCUAACAGUUCCUCUCACUCUCUCACAACACAACUCGACCAACCCACAGACUUAUCCUCCCUCUUCCUUCUCCAACUCCCAACUCUCAACUGACUUCCAAACAACACCAACUCUAACUCUAACUCCUCCCCUUGGGUCCCACUGGCCAAUCACUUCCCACUCAUUUAACCCUUUCCUUAUGACCCACCUAGGAGGGCAAACGCCACACAAACAAAUGCAGAUGUUAUGUUCUUUCAGAGGGCUGUCCUAAGCAGAAAGCCCAGCUGCAGAGGGGUUCUCGGAGGGGACAGAAGUCUCCUUUGGUGUAACUCCCCAAACAUGCUCCUUUGCCAAUGGGAAAAAAUGUGCUGGUGGAAGGAGCUCACGGUAGAGCAGAGGGCGCACAGCCCAUGCUCCCUGUUGACAGCGCUGCUACACACCAGCCUGAGAGCUGGCACAAGGCCUAUCCUUCCCGCCAAGCUCCAAGGGGGAGCAGACUUCGCUCACAAGGUGCCAUCAUAGCAUCACAGAAUUGUAGAGUUGGAAGGGAUCCCAAGGGUCAUCUAGUCCAACCCCCUACGAUGCAGGUAGGUAGCAUUGGACUACAACUCCCAUCAGCCCCAGCCAGCGGGGCCAGGAGGGCUGGGCAUUGAAAUGUGGAAGGCAGGUGAGUUCUUUCCAGGCUCCAGCAACUCCAGGGGGUGGCCGCAACCAUCUUUUAAGAAGCCCAAGUGCUGAAUCGAACAUGUCGCCCAAAUAUAUAUAUAGGAGGGCCAGGGCUGGAUUUAGGUUUGAUGAGGCCCUAAGCUCCUGAAGGUAAUGGGGCCCUUUAUCAGCAACAAAUUGUUGCUGUUUUUUGUGUUGAAUAUAUGCUAUAUGGUAAUUUAUGGACCUAAUAGGUCCAUACAGAACACAAAACACUGUUUCUGUAUGAAGGUUUUAUCUUAUUUCUUUUUUAUCUUAUAUUUUGGAAAUGUACAUCCAGAUAUUUUUUUCCUUUAAUUUUUUUGGGGGCCCCCAAGAGAGUGGGGCCCUAACUAAGCUCUAGGUUGUUUAGCUUAUAUGCCGUUCAAAUAUAUCUCUUAGACUAGGGCUCCCCCGCCCCGCUUCCGCUGAGGGGGUCCCCUCCUGGCCCGGAACCUCGGAGUCGGGCGGCGGUUUCCCUCCGUCGGCGGCGGGGAAGCGGACGGCGGCGCGCCGGAAGCGCCCCGCGGGGAGCCGCGCUCGGCUUCCGGUUCCGGGCGGCGACUCGAUGGCGGCGGCGCCGGGCUGCUCGCCGUCCCCGUCGGGCCUGGUGCUGCUGGCCUCGGCCAAGGCCUGGGUGCCGCGCCGCUCGCCGGACGCGCCCUCCGCGCCGCCCUCCGCCUCGCCGGCCGGCCGGGAAGCGCAGCGCCUCUUCCGGCUCCAGCUGAGCGCCGCGCCCGGACCCGAGCGCUUCCGAUUCGGCCUGAGGGGCGCGGCGGAGUCGGGGGGCGAAGCGGUGAGAGGGGGCGGGAAGGGAAGGGCCUCGGGCGGGGAGGGGGCAGGCAGCGGGACCCCUUCCCUGGGCCGCCCUUGGCUUGGCGUCGCGCCUGCCUUCUCCAGGGAGCUCAACGGGGGCCUAUGCUCCUCCUCCUCCUCCUCCCCUCAUCCCCCCAACAACACCCCUCCGAGGCCGACUGGCCCCAAGGUCACGCCCCCCAGCAACAACCCUGCGAGGUAGACCGAGGCGACUGGCCCCCCCCAAGGUCACGCCCACAGAGCUCCGUGGCCCAAGGGGAAUUUGAACCCAGGUCCUGGUCCGCCCCUCUGGCCCUGCCACACAGGCUUCUCUCGCCCGCUUACCAGAGGCUGCUGCCUCCUCCUCCUCCUCCUCCUCCUCCUCCUCCCUGCCUUUCUUCCCCACAGGCCGUCGAAGCUCUUGGGCCGGCAGCUGCUGCCCCAACCCGUCAGACCGGAGUGGGUGCAUUUCAGCUGCUGAAAGGGGCUGCCCGGCCGUGGGGAAGCAGCGCCAGGGGCAAAGCCCAGGCUGUUUGGGGCUUCCUAGCCGCUGUCGGACUUUGCUGGAAAAUGUCCCUCUUCUCUGAGUGGCGCUGAAGGCUUGCCUCUUUCACAAGAGGUGCCCAAGAGGCCAGCAAAGUCAUUCUUUACAGGAUCUGUUUCUCCCCACCCACCCCACAUUUUACAGGAUGUCUCAAUGUAUGAACAAUGCUUAGAAAAAGAAUUAGGUGUUUCCUAAGUGUUUAUUAAUUAACAACAACAAACAACAUCCAGGGAUUUGAGCAUAGAAUAUCCAGCUCAUAUAUCCAAGCAAGGAUCAUGGUAGCAGCUUGUUUCCGUUUCCCUUGCACUUCGAUUUUGUUAAAUGCACUGAUUUCUUGGAUCAAGUAGAAAGGCCAGGUCCGUUCCUCAACAUGCUUUAGUCCAUUGUGUGCUUCAAGUAUGCCUGCUCAUAAUGUGUUGUUGUUGUUUAGUUGUUUAGUCCAGAGCACGCCAGGCAUAAUGUACUAUUCAUUAAAAACAAUUACAUCCCCACCUUUUCAUCGCAUACAGCGGUACCCAAAAUGGCUUGCAGUCAACAUGUUUAACAACAGUUUAAGUGUCUUUGAGACAGUAUUGGUGGUCCAGCUCCAGGCAUGCUUGGAGGAAACUGAUUAUCUGGAUCCAUUUAAGUCCAGCUUCAGGCCUGGGCACAGCACUGAAACUGCUUUGGUUAGUGGCGUUUGUGGAUUGUGCCUCUUACACCUUCUCGUUACCUCUAUAACACCCUGCCUACCAUACACAGGCCUCGCACUCAUCCUGAGGGGCUGUAAACAAAUAGGGCAGAACAGGAAAGGACAUGCAGGCUCCUCUUGCUUCUGCCAGUGGCGUUCUAAAGACACCCUCACCCCAAAGUAGUAUGCAGUGUUCCUGCAAGAGACUUGGGUGUUUUCGAAAGAGGACUGGACAAAUUCACAAAGGAGAGGGCUAUUGAUGGCUGCUAGUCAUAAUGGCUAAGCUCUGCCUUUGCAGUCAGAGGCAGUAAUGCUUCUGAAUAGCAGUUGCUGGAAACCACAGGAGGGGAGAGGGCUCUUGGGCUUGAAUCCUGCUUGCGACUUUCCUGGAGGCAUCUAGUUGGCCACUGUAAGAACAGGAUUCUGGACUAGAUGGGGCAUUGGCUUGAUUCAGCAGGUUCUCCCUCUGUUCUUAGGAGUUCCACUUGCAGAAUGGAACUUUCCCCUCCUCUCUCUCUCCCCUGCAGUCCACUAUACACCCUCAAAAUCUGCUCUGGAGGGAUGGGAGAACCUCUCAAGCAGUUUUGCACAGAGGGAGGAGAGGAACAAGUCCUGUUGUGCAAGGAGAGGUCCAUCCUUUGAGCUCUUCAGCAGUGGGAGCAGCUUUCAGCAUGAGCACUGAUGAGGGGGAGCCUGAUGAGACUUGGCUGAAGAAUAGAAUGGGUGCUUUGACCCCCGUGUUGCUUGAGGUAAAGAGGCCUCAACAAGAGCUGGUUGGGGCUAUUUGACUUUGCACUCGCCCACUAAUGCUUUUCUUCCCCCAGGGCCUUGUUGAGUACAACCUCAGAGACAUUUCCUAUGAGGUGAAGACUGCCACGUGUCAUGAGCUGAAGUUCUUAGCCCGCCCAGACGACCCCCUUGUUUUCCACUUUGAGGAUGAGCAUGAGGCACAGAAGUGGUGGACAGUCGUCAGCAGCUCCCUCCAGGAGCUCCAGAAAGGUCAGCUCCUGCCCCGGAAGGCACUUACAAUGCCAGGGUCCGGCUUCUGGUAGUGAGAGAGGGCAUGGCUUGAAUCCUGCUUCCAGGUUUCCCACAGGCAUUUGAUUGGCCACUGUGAGAACAGGAUGCUGGACUAGAUGGGCCAUCGGCCUGAUCCAGCAGGCUAGUCUGAUCAUCUUAUGUUCUGUGUCUGCCUGCUGGAGCACUUCUUCUAAAGUCUCUUCUCUCCCCAGCUACUGAGGGAAGCGGUUUGCUGACAGGACGGCCUUCUCCCCUUCCCUUGGCACUUUUCAACUCUCUGUCAGACAUCGAAGUCUCCCUGCCCUUGGAGCUUGCCAGGAAAGGUGGGUGGCUGAUGGCACAGGACACUUGUCCACUGGCAGUGUGCCCUUGAAGACACAUCAUAAACGCUACUCAGCUGCCAGGAAAUGUGAUGUUUGCGUAUUUGAAAUUUCCUUUUACCUGUGCCCUUGAAGACACAUCAUAAACGCUACUAAGCUGCCAGGAAAUAUGAUGUUUGCAUAUCUGAAAUUUCCUUCUGCCUGUAUCAGGUUAGGCAGCUGGUUUUGUUGCACAGUGGUAAUGAGGAGUGGGUGCAUUUUGUGAAGUAUUGUUGAGAUGGUGAAUUGAGAGAGAACUUGGUUUCAGUAAUUACCCAAAAUCUCCCCCAUAUUUCUAUGGCUUAGAAUCCAUUUUGGCAAGCAAGAGGUAAACAGAUGAAUAAAUAAUACCUAUUUAAAAAGCAAGCCAUGUUUACACUUCCUGUUGAGCCUUUCCUCCCCAUUGACGCUAAUCCACUGGAAUGGGGGUUUCAUUUGGUGCCCAUGCAAGUAUUCAGUUAUUGAUUGCAUUAAAAGCACUUGGUUGGUUUUAUUUCCUUUUAUGUUGACCUCUUCCCUGGGUGCCUGCUUGAUCCACCACCUCAGUGGUGAGGAGUCGCUGGAAAUACCCAGGGGCCACAUGCAGUUAAGUAGGAGGCCGCAUCCGUGGUUGGGUUGGAGGCUCCCCAGCCGUGCUUUGCGGUUUGCCCUGUAUAACUCACCAGAGCAGCAUAAGUGUCCUGAAGGAGUGGCUGCUUGAGCUGGAUGAGGAAGAGGGGGCUGCCCUUGCCACCCAUAUUGUGAGCCCCCCCAACUGCCCCAACUUUUUUUCAUUUUUUUUUAAAAAAGUAAAACAACCAGUCAACAUAGAGGAAGAGAAGAGUGUCAUAUAUUGCAUUCAUAUCCCGCCUUUCCUCAAGGAGCUCAAGGUGGUUGACACAGAUCCCCUCCUCCCCAUUUUAUCCUCGCAGGAACCCUUUGAGGUAGGUUAGUCUGAGGGUGAUUGACUGGCCUAGUUCCACACCCAGUGAGCUUUGUGGCUGACUGGGGAUUCAAACCCUGGCCUCCCAGGUCCUAGCCUGAGUUAUGCUGCAACUGAAGACAACUAAAACCAAUCCAACAGCUGCACGAGGCCUCUGUGUGACUAAGAAAAGAGCAGGGUGCAAAUGGUCAAAAUCAGAAUAAGAUAAGAAAGCUUUUACAACUCACUUGGAAGGAAGUCUUGGGUCUGACCACCUGCAGCAGCAAGCCAAGUGUGGGGCAGGGGGUGGGGCUGCUCUUGAGAGCUCUUGCUCAGCAGUGGGUGGCUCCCUAGGAGGUUUUCCAUUGCAGACCUUGGAGAAGGGCGGGAGGCGGGAGGCUUGCCUGAGAUGGGGGGUGCACAACUUGACCUGGCCGGCUCAUGCCUGGCUUUGUCUCCUCCUCAGAGGACCUGGCGCUCCACCUGUCCACUGCUAUUGAGCUCGGGGACGAGGAGGAAGCCAUGCGCUGUGCCACGCUGCUCGCCCAGCAACACGCUGCUCUGCGGAUCCUGCUGAAGGAGUCCUGCUACCCCACCAGCGAGAUCAGGUGGGAGCGGAGGGCUGGGCAGGGAGCCGGUGUCUCUGGAGGAGGCUGGGUGGGUUAGGCUGGGUGAUUUGGGGCCAAUCCCCUGCACGCCUCCUCUUCUGAAGAUGGCCGGUUGCGGGACAAGCUGUGCUCACCUCACUGGCUGAUUCCCUUCCUUUUAGCAUGAAGGUGCAGGUGGAAGACGCCACUUGCUCAACAAGCAUCACCACCCGCGUCCACACGUACACCACCAUUGCAGGGCUCAGGCAGAAGGUAACCCGGGCACAGCUUUUCAGAGGCGGGGAUGCUGUCUUCUGUCUCCCUCACUGGGGCAGCUUCUGGGGCAAAAUGCCAACGACUGCCUGGCUGCUUGGCCUGCAGGAGAAGCCUUCAGACUCCCACUGACCCCGUCUCUGCUUCCCCCAGGUCUUUCAGGAUUACGGAUUCCACCCCAGCGUCCAGCGCUGGAUUAUUGGCCAGUGUCUCUGUGUGGAUGACCGAACCGUUGGCUCUUACGGGAUUCGGAAGGACGGAGACACAGCCUUCCUCUACCUGCUAUCGGCAAAGGGCGCCCACCUCUCUGAGCAGCGCUUCAAGGAGGACAGGGACUGGGUGGUGCUGCAGCCGCCCCCCUCGCCCCUGGCGGACAACGCGGAUGCCAGGCACAAAUUCAGCACCUUGCCCACCAGUCUGCCCAAGAAAAGUGAGCAGGCAGGGAGCCCUUUUGGGGAUGGCGGGGGCUCCUUAAGGGGAGGGGAAGAGGUUGCAUCUGGCUAGAAGCAGGGGGUUCAUUUUGGAACCCUCAGAACAGGUUACACCUCUCCCCAACGGCUUUUCUGCAUGCAAGUCAAGGCAAUUUAAAUCGGGAAGACAAAAGACCAAAUUCAGUUACUGAAGUCCAGUUUCACAUUUAUUCAUAUCUUUCCUCCUCUGUGGUGCAAUUCUGACCACUAAUUUACAACUAAAUAGUAUAUUGUUAACGUUGUUUCAUCCUUCCAGCCAAGCUUUGCAUCUCUUUCUUACAUCUGGAUACACAGCUUGUGACAGUGUGUGGUUAAAGGUCCAAUCCUAAAACGGUAUAAAUUCAUAAAUGAUGCUAAUAGGAAUCUGUCCCUUUGUGCUGGGGGUGGGGUGGGCUUAGGUUUGGCUGAGGGAGGGAGGGACAUAGGAACUUGUAUGCUGAGCACUCUUAGCUCCUCCCGCUUCUUGUCCCUGUUGCUCCUUCUUGCUUUGCUCUGCCUUGGACCACCCCCCCAAAAGAGGAAACCAACAGCAACAAAAAUGACCUGCCCAUGACCAGUACAGUGGUACCUCUGGAUACGAACGGGAUCCAUUCCAGAGCCCCAUUCGCAUCCUGAAGUAAACUUAAGGUGCGUGUGUGUGGAUCACGUUUUACCGCUUCCGCACAUGCGCGUGACGUCAUUUUGAGCGUCUGCACAUGCGCGAGCGGUGAAACCCAGAAGUAGCACGCUCCGUUACUUCCGGGUUGUCGCAGAGCGCAACCCGAAAAUAUUCAUCCCGAAGCUACUUCAACCCGAGGUCUGACUGUGGGUGGCAGUCAGGCCCGAUGGCCUUUGGGAGUCAGGAGGACUUUAUUUCCUGAAAAGGAAACGUAUCUGAUUUUUGUUAGAGUGCAAAUCUGCAUACCUGAGAAAUGAUCCAACCAGUUUUUCAUGUUCAUAGAAAAGCCUCCUUUAAUGUAUCUGGGAGAGUUUAGAGAUUAGCCAUAGGGACAACAUUUAUUUGUGUAACUUUAUUUAAACGAAGCUUGAGAAAAAUCAUUAAAAUCUCUCCAAUAGUUAACAUGCUUAUAUUCAGAUUGAUCGAUAUUAACCUAGCUUUUGUUUAAGAGAAACUUUGCACUUGCGAAGUUCUUAGACCUCCUUCUUCUAAGUCUUCUUCUUCUGUUGCAGGUGUGAAAAAUUCUAACAGGAAGAGGGACAUCGGUGAGAGCAGCCACUUCCUGGGAAAAUUCCUCCCUGGCCACUCGCGAGCCCCUCCGCCCCCGGCUGCUGCCCCUCCUCCCUCUCCUGUGCCGGUAUGUACUCUCUCUGCUAAGUGGUGAAACUCAAGGCAGCCGUCUCCCCAUAUAUGUGCCCCCUCUCUCUUUCCCAGUCCCUGGGCUCCCUGUGGCCUUGUCUCCCCUCACCCCGUAGUCUGCUCAAGAAAGGGGCCAGAGCGCCUUGUGGCGUGGGCCUCAUCGCCCGGCAGGAAGCACAAGUGGGAGAGGGGUGGUCGUGGGGCACGUGGCUGCAUCCUGGGCUAUCCUUGCAGGCGCCACGUCUAGCGGUCUCUUCCUCCUCCUCCUCAUCUCCCAUUGCAGACUGGCUGGUCUUGCCCCACCUGCACCUUCAUCAACAAGCCCACACGGCCCGGCUGCGAGAUGUGCAGCACAGACCGGCCUGCCAACUAUGUGGUUCCCGGGAGCUACAGGCCGGAUGAGGUGGAGCUGUGGCGGAUGCAGCAGGAGAAGGAGGGCAUCUUACAGUACCAGAAGGUAGGUCCUGGUAGCUCCCUUCCUGUGCCUCACAGUCCACUGGAGAAGCUCCCUGCAGGGGUCUGAAGCUUUGUGCGCUGCUCCCAGCUCUCUUGGCUCUUUUCUCUAGCUCCCUCUCCUUAUGCAGCUCCUUAAUGUGGCAUUCCCAAAGCAAAGGAAGGAUUGGACUCUGAUUAAUAGAAUACACACAAAGGCUUGACCAGCAAGACUCUGGGAGGAGUGUGUAUAAUAAUUCCCGUCCACCCCCUUGGCCCAGGUCGUUUUAUUCACAAAAGAACUUUUUAUACAGUGUUCAUAAGAACCAAUCAGAUUUCCUCUGAUCAUUUCAAAAAACCCCACGUGGGACAAAGUUAAAGUUAAAACUACAAAGAGCUAAUUUCCUACUUGAGCAUGCAUAUGUAAUUCAGAGUAAAUAAAGGAGGAAGCAAGGAGGAAUGCUUUUAGGAAACUCCAGAGGCCAUAAACAGCAAUAAACAGGAGAGGAAGGAUAGGUAGUAUUUACCAUCUCCUUAUGAAUGAUUAACAAACUAUAUCAAAGCUACCUUCUAGCUUUAUUACCCAGGAUGCCUGAUGCAGCAGCCGGCAACUGGUCUGUGUCCUAGAAUGCUUAUACGUGCCUGUCAGGCAGAGAGAAAUGGGCAGUAGAGGAAAAAUGGCUUAGAUGUAGAAGCUUGUGGGAUUGGAUCAGAAAUUAUUGUCAGUGUAUCAAACCCAGUCAACGCAAUGCUUUCAUCGUGGACACAAUGGCCUGAUGCAUAUUUCAUAAUUCCUCAUAGUAAUCCCACCUGACCCCACACUCUGGAUAUUUGCACUCCUACACUUAAGAACCCCAGAAGUGUCCUGCAGCAGCUGGAUGAGGCCAAGGGGAGCCAGUCCAGCCCAGCCGGCUGUUGUCCUAGUGGACAACCAGCUGCCUCUUCUGGGAAGCCCACAGGCAGGAGCUAAAGGCAGCAGCAGCACUCUACCCACUUGCGAUUCCUCCCAGCACCUGGUGUUAUUCAGAGGCCUUUGCUGCCUACAAAAGCGGGCAGGAAACAUCGUCAUUGUGGCUGGUAGUGGUCCAAGAAGCCAGCUCCCCAACUGUGUUCUGGAGGCUUUCAAAAGCAUCCCCCACUUGCUGUUUCAAAUUUGCUCAUAGAGUCUCCAGGCAGAUUCUUCUUAAUUCUGGGAUUUCUAAUUAGAUGAUGAUAGUAAGUUCAGCUUACUAAAUUUAUUGAUAACUUCACACAACCGAACGGAGUCGCAAAGCUAUUUACAAGAGAAGUGCUAUAAAUUUACAUCGUAAGAAACGUGCUAAAAAAGUGUGCAUCCCAAAUCACUUAAGUUGCUGCCUGCCCAGAAGCCAUUGUGGUCUACGAGUGGAGUAUAAAUUAAGGAACAAAACUGCUGAAUGGGGUGGAAAUGAACAUGUCCUGCUUCCGAGGCUGCAGAUGCCUGGAGUCCACUUCCAGGAUGGUCCUGAGAGCGAGGUCAGGUUCCCCCUUCCCCUCUGUAUGGCCGACGUCACGCCUCUGAGUUUAAACAUCUUUGGGCGCAAUCUCUGCCUGCAAAGGAAGGGAGGGAGGAAGAGCCCUGUACCUUUCUCAUGAAGUUAUCUCCCAAUGCCGUGGUGAUGUCAGCUGGUUGACGGAUGGGGAGCUAAGGGUCUAACAUACUGGCCAAAUCCUGCUCCCCAACUAUGUAGGUGAUCUUUAGUUCUUGCUUGAUUCAUUUUCUUAAAUAAUGAGAUACUAAUUAUGAUUUGGUUGUCCCUUUCAAUGUUUUGUCGGUGGUAUAUUUUUAGUGUAUUGUUUUCAUCACAUUUCCUGUAAAUACGAAAAACAUGUUGUUGUCGAGUGCACCAGAAAAAGAAUAGAAUUUCAAAAUCUCUCGGGCUCCGUCCUUCUCCUUCCGUGCUUUCCAAGGAGGGUGGGCUCUCAGGGAGGGCUGCAGGCCAUUCUGGGGGGUGGUGGUGGUGGUGAAGGUGCGUCAGGCUCCAGGCAGCAGUCUCUGGCGGCAGCACCUGACGACUCUUCUCUUCUUUCUUCUUUCUCUUGUGGCAGGAAAAAGGAAGGAGAGAAGACGGUUCCGCUGUGCCCUGUGCCCACAGCCUGGGAACCCCGGACGACUUUAUCCACCUCUCCUCGGAGUUCUCAUAGCCCUCCUCAGAGCCGGGGCCGCCAACGCCACCACUGCCCCUCCCAGCCUUGCAGUGGGGACGUGUGUUAGUCCCGGCUGCAGCACCAAGGGCUGCCAAGAUGAGCCAAGCGGACAGUGAAGCCCAAGGGGCAGGGCAGGGGUGGGCUUCUGUGGCUGCCCCCCACCUUCCCCUGCUGAGAACAAGCAGCUGAGAGUCCCUGCUGGCCCUUGGCGGCUUCACUGGCUGGCCGGCCUUUGAGCAAGGCCAUAUGGGGGGGUGCUUUGAGAGCCCCCUGUGACAGCAGCAAGAGCUGCGCUCCACCUGAGCAGCUUUUGGGGCACAGCCAUGCAACACUUGUGGGUUUGCCUAGGCUCCCCCCUUGCCCCUCCAUUCCACCUGGGUCUUGGAGCUCGGCCCAUUUCCCAUCUCAACUGGCAGCAGCCCAGAGCCUCCCUGCCUCUCGCUCAUGGAAGACUGGAGCUGUGUGAGCCUCAGAGGCUGGAGCCAGGUCGGUCUCCUGGGCCACGAAAGCCCCUGCAGUGGGGCUGCCACUUGAAUACCACCAUGAAAAUGUGUGUGUGUGUGCACUGUUUGCCCAGCGGAGGCAGUCGAUCUGCUGUAUUUGACACUCUGCAUUGGAUCUGUGGGCUGCCUGCCCAACCCAUGGAGCCCGUUGCCCUGCGAGAGCUUCCUUCCUUUUUGCCCCACAGUGCCUUCCUCCCUCAUUUGCCUCUGGCUCUCCUCCGCUCUGCCCUCAGGCCUGCACAGCCAGGGUGUCGUUGCUGCUUGCCGGGAGCCUCCCGCUUGCUGGCUUUGUGCUCCUCGCUCCGUUGGGGCCUGCGUUGAAGGUCUCUCCUCCCUCUGCCCCCCAUGGAGGCUGCUCUCCCCGUGUGCCUUUGACCAGGAGAAGCCAUGGCCUGCCCAGCCCCACAGGUCAGGCAGCAUUUGAACUGCAAGGCCAGGCUCUGCCUUGGGGACUUGCUUAUGCUGAAGCUGGACUAGAAAGAGAGACCCUCUGCCGUGAUAGCACUUUGAAAGAGAAAUGCUGUAACCCCCUCCCCUGAAGGUGGCUGUUUCUCGGUGGGUCAGGGGCCGCCUGAGCGUUGGGGGUCUGCCCCAGCUGCUGCUUGUCCCAGCCAGCAGAUCUUGGAGCAGGUGGCUCCCCUCGCCGUGGGGCAGUCGUUGCUGCCCUGGCCCCUGAUGGGGCACCAAACGCCCUUCUCUCCCUCUCUGUACUGAACACUGAUUAUUCAGCAGCAGAAGUUUCGGGACCUGUUUUGAAAUGGCUUGAUUUCUGCAUAACGUGUUUGUAAAUUUGAUUUUUUAAAAAUGAAUUGGAGAGCAAAUCCUUUGUUCUAUUAAAUGAUUCAUUUGGGCUUGACGGUCCAUCCUGGUACUUCUCUGUAGCGUCAUUGAUGGGGAAAGGGGGCAGGGGCUGUUCAGGAGGUAUGCAUGGGGGAUGAGGGGGGGUUAUCCCCACUGUCCUCUCUGAGCCACAAAGUGGUGACUGAGGGGUCUCUGCUGUGAGCUUCCCCUUGAGAGAAUUUCGUUGAGGCUGUCUUUGCCACAGGCGGCCCUUUUGCCUGCGAAGGAGUUGAUACAGCCACUUCAAGGGUCGGAGCAGCCUCACUGCCUCGCACGCACCCCCACUUGCUGAUUUCAUGGGCGUCUCAUGUCUGGGGAACUGCAGCAGGUUUGCAUUCCUUGCUUUAGUGGGGUACAUAAAAACAAGCCACCAAAAAUGGGACAGCAAAAGAAUAAAAACGUAUCAUAAAACUGAGCGCUGCCUUAAAUUGUUUGCUGGAACAAGGAAGUCUUAGUCAUGUGCCUAAUUUCAACUAGCAGGGAGUUCCACAGGUUCAGGCCCACUACACGGAAGGGGCAGGAAUUAAGUUGUUGCAUGGACAAUGAGGUCUGCUUGCACAUGGAGUUUUCCCCCUCCCUUCAUAUCCCUCACCCGCUAAAUCUCUGAAGGUUUGGGGGAUACCCCAGAAUGGGUUCAGCAGCCCCCCAGAGGCGUGAGGGGAGAAGUCCUGUUGUGCAAGCAGACCCCCACACCUAGCACUACACUGGAUUCCACCCAGUGUUUUAUUCUGUCACGGCUUUUAAAACUUUGCUAACUUCUGCAUAUUAAAUAUUUUAUGAAUUGCUUUGAGACAUUUUGCAAAAAGUGAGGCACAAUUAAACAAGCAUAGAGGAGGAGGGAGCCAGCAAAAAGCUCCUUCCGGGGGUUGGACUAGAUGACCCCUGGGUUCCAACUCGCUCAGUUCCAUAAUUCUGUGAAUGCUGCUGUGAUGUGCUUGCCAGACAUCUCAGGAUCCCGAUUCUGUCCUUCUCGUCUGUCGUUUCUAGAGCAGAGAGCCACUUGGAAUGUAAACGAGCCCUAUAAUAAAAUUGCAGAAGAAUAAAGCACACCCAUUGGGUUGGGUCAGCAGCAAAGGCCUUCAGAGGUCUGAGCAAGCAGAUCCGUCUUGGCUGAGUCUUGGCAAGAUCCUGCGGGUGCCAGUUGCCCUGGUCAGGGGAGGGUCUUCCGCAGGUGGUGAGGUCACCCCCUUUACCAAGACUCACUCUCCGCCUUGCCCCUCCCCAAAAUAUGCAUGCAGUUCCUGGACUGCCUUAGAGGAGGUGUCGCGAAAGGCCGCCUGAGAUCAGGCACCCAAAGUGUGCAUUAUCUUCCAACGUUCUUGCUGCUCUUCAGAAGGUGAUGCUUUGGGACACCACCUUCGUUUUAUGCCUCUUCCCAGAGCGUUUGUUCCAGAGUCUUGUAUCCUACUUUUCCCAUCAGGCUUUUCGGGGGGGGGGCCUGGCACCUUCACUCCAUUUCUGUCAUGGACCAGCUGGGUGCAGAGGAGUGGUGCGAGGUGCCAGCCGGGGAACCCCCAGGGGAAGAAGGCUCAGAGCCCGGGAAUUGGUGGUGGGACAAGGAUGCCUGGUCAGAGGGAGCAGGAGGCGUUGGAAGCUGAAGAGGCAACAGGGUUUAGUGAGCAGGAAGAGACUGUGGCAGAGAGCAGUCCAGACUCAGAGGCAGGAGACAGAGGGGAGACCGGCUGCUGAAGAGUCCAGGGGGUCUCUCCCUCCUGCUGUGACCAGCUCCCCUCCCUGCUGGUCUCCCAGAACAUGCAGAGAAAUGGAAAGGGCAGAGGAGGAGAACUUGGUUGUGUGCUGCCACAGUCUCCGCUUGCUUGAAAGUCCUUGCAACUACCUUAUUGGGGCAAGACCUACUGGGAACAGUUGCUGGGAUCACUGGGCCUCAGCUGUUUUGGUUCAUUUGAAUAAAGAGUUAACUUCAACAAUACUGGGUUUUUUAAAAAUUGCUGACCUUCAACUGACUCUGGCUCGUGAUAAUAUCUUUAGGCACCAGGCAAAAAUGUUCCUCUUCCACUGUUAAAACAAUCUGCGGCCUGUUAAAUGUGCCUGGAGGUGGGCGGGUUGUGUUUUUUUCUUAUUAUGUUACGCAUUUUGCAUUUUUAUGUUGUAAACCACCCUCUGAUCUUUGGAGGAAAGGUGGUAUAAUAAGAAUAAGAAUAAGAAUAGCAAUGGGGCUUCUGCCCCUUUUUCUAGAGUUAGCUGACCCUCCAAAUCUCACCAGCCUGGGUGGUGGGUGUGCCCAGGCUGAGACCCCUACCCACCUUUAACCAGGGGACUGCGGCCUGCCUGCUGGGCAACCACCACCUGCCCCUCUUUGCCCCCUCCAGGCCCUGGAGCAAGAGCGGCUGCAGAACUUCCAGCAGUUGCAGCAGCUGGAUGAGGCGGCGCUGGUGCCCAACCGGGAGGAGAUUGAGUGCCGCAUCUGCUACCUGAACGUGGAGCCUGGCGAGGGCGUCCUGCUUCGGGAGUGCCUGCACAGCUUCUGCAGGUAACCUGGCCUGCCUGGGGCAGGAGGGACCGGGGGGUGGGGAAAGGAAGGGAGGGUGCUGUGGCCUGACCCCGCUGCCGUCCCCCCUUCUCCCUCUCCAGGGAUUGCCUGCGCCAGCUGAUCAACUGCAGCGAGGAGCCCCAGGUGGCCUGUCCCUUCCGGGACGACUCCUAUGCCUGCAGCAGCCACCUCCAGGACAGGGAGAUCCGGGCGGUGAGUCCGCAAGGCUCAAGGAUCCCUCCGGCCCGGGUCCCUUGGGCAGGCUGGCAGGGCAGCUCAGCUCCCCCUUGUCCUGCCGCCGUCAUCGAGAGCGGUUGGAGAUGCAAAGUGGCAUUUGAGCAGGCCAGCUCUUGAGGUCUUUUUCUGCAGAGCUUGGUCCUCUUGCAGACGGGGGGAGUGGAGGAGGCUGCCAUGGCCAGACGCUCCUUUGAUUUCCACCCCGUUCCGGCCAUGGAAGCCCGGGGGUGCCCCCCGGCCAGCCCAUGCCCUGCCCUCCCUCUCUCAGGGGCUCUGAGCCAGCUCCCUGGUCUCCGCAGCUGGUGUCGUGGGAUGAGUAUGAGCGCUUCCUGGAGCGGCGGCUGGCCGUGGCCGAGAGCAGGGCCCAGAACAGCUACCACUGCCAGACGGCCGACUGCCUGGGCUGGUGCAUCUACGAGGACGACGUCAACGAGUUCCGCUGCCCCAUCUGCUGGGCCCUCAACUGCCUCGUCUGCAAGGUGAGCCCAGGCAGGGGCAGCACUGUGCCCUCGGCCCCCCACCUCCACGGGGACUGGCUAUGGGGCUGGAGGCCCACAGGUGGGGAUUGGAAAGAAUGAAGGAGAAGUGCUGGCAGACAUAAUAAUAUCCAACUCUACAGUUCUGUGAUUCUGAGGGGCUAGGGUGCUGAAGGUGGCCAGAGCACAGCCCCCCCCCCCCCCGCAUCUUGGAGGUCUCCCUCCCCCAUUCCGUCUUCUGAGCUGUCAGCAGCCUCCAGACUGUUUUCUAGCGUCUUUCAGAAACACUGGAGGGGAGAAAUCUCCUUGAAGGAAUCAAGUUCCUUCCUUUGCACCCUGGCCCCGUGCUUCAGCAGCCCCUGGGGGAAGGGAGGCAGGAUGGGGGGGGGUCUCCUGGGCACCGGAGGGCAAAGGAGGUGGUCACAGUAGGGGGCAGCCUGGUCGACACAUGCAAAGAGCCAGUUUGCAGGGGAAGGGCAAGGCCCCUUGGGGAUGUUUCACCACAUAAAAAGGCCCUGCAGGGAGGCGUAAGACCAUAAAGAGAAUCUGCUGGAUCAGGCCAAUGGCCCCCCUAGUCCAGCCUCUCAAGAGCGGACAAGCAGAUGCUCCAAAGGGAAACGGGCAAGAGAGCAACUCUCCCAUCCUGCGGUUUCCAGAAACUGGUCUUCAGAAGCAUCACUGCCCGAUUCUGGAGGCUGAGCAGAGCCCUCCUGGCUGGGCACCAUCAACAGUCCUGCCCUCCAUGAAUUUUCCCAAUCCUCUUUGAAAGCCAUCCAUCUUGGUGGCCGUACCUGCCUCCUGGGGCUGCGAGUUCAACAGUUUAUAACUAGGCGCUGCCAAGCUCUCCGUCUCCAGGUUGUGGCAGCUUUGACUUUCAGAGAGUGACAGUUAAAACUGGCGUUGACCCACCCACCUGCCGUAAGGCUAUGCCCGUUCUGCUGUCUGUACGUGUCCGCUUGGCUUAAGACGCCUCGGCCACUCAGGGAGGGUCCUGGGGCUGCUGCCCACCCCCGCCAGUUUGAGCAGCAGGAAGGAACCCUUUGCAGGGACGCCACGGGUCUGAUUCUCUGCCCUCCACCCGCAGGCCAUCCACGAGGGCAUGAACUGCAAGCAGUACCAGGACAAGCUGCAGUUCCAGGCUCACAAUGACGCUGCUGCCCGCGAAACCAGCAACAUGCUGAAGGUGAGCUGGCCAGGAGGGGGAGGGGCUGCAUUUCAUGGCAGGGGCUGGGUCCUACCACGCUUCUUCCCACCCCAAUGAAACGUUCAAAGCCCAAGUGCCUUGGCACGGUAUUCAGCCCUAUCGCCUGGGCUGUGGGCACUGGCAGAGCCAACCCUCUGGAUCAAUGCGGGGGGGCGGGGGAGAUGGGGAGUAGCUCAAAGGGACUGGACAAGGGCCUGUUCUGGCCACCCCCCGGACGGCCUCUGGGUGCAUUUUCCUCUUGGCACAAAGGGCAUGAUGGGGGUGGACUAGGUGACCCGUGGGAGCCCCUGCCCUCUAUGAUCUAUGGCCACCCUCUCUCUGUCUCCGCCAGACGCUGGUGCAGCUGGGAGACGCCAUGCACUGUCCCGUCUGCCGCAUCGUGGUGCAGAAGAAGGGGGGCUGCGACUGGCUCCGCUGCCCUGUCUGCCAGACGGAGAUCUGCUGGGUGACCAAGGGGCCGCGCUGGGGGCCUGGGGUAAGCGCGGAAGGGGGCUCAGGGGCUGCCACACCAGGCAGCAGGAGGGGCGAGAAGAGGCUCCAGAAGAGACUAACGGGGGGCCUAGACGAAAAAGGGGGCUGGCUGGUCAGCUGCUCCCAAUCUGCAAACCAUCCAACAGAUGACGUGGCCCAGAAUGCUUUGCAAUGUGCAGAGGGCAUCCCAGUAGAGAUAAAUGGAGAGGGUGAGGGCGGCCAGAGGACAGGAAGUUUUCAGCGCUUUCUCAGAGGGAGAUGGACCGUGUGCUGAAGCAAGUCUGAGGCCAGCAAUGCCCUGCCUUGCGGACUUUGGGAGACAGGCGUCUUGGGAAGGGGGCUGGGAUGUCUCCAAAGCACCACAUCCUUAGGAAGCUCCACUCUGCGGAACUCCCUUCCGGCCGGGCGGCUGGUCUCCCCCUGAUGCGCUUUGUCCUCCUCCCUGGCAGGGUCCCGGUGACACCAGCGGAGGCUGCCGGUGCAACGUGGAUGGGGAAAGGUGCCACCCCCAAUGCCAGAACUGCCACUGAGCACCUGCCAAAGGGGCAUCAGAUGCUGCCAGGACUCCCAUUGGCAAGGAAGGAGCCUCUGCACCCAGAGACGAGAAGCGGCCCGUUGGAAGCCGGCCUUGGGGAGAGGCCUCAGCAAGGCUGGCUGCUCCUUCCCCAGACUUUAGAGGAUGCAGCAGAUGAAAGACCCACCUGCCCCACCCACUGUGGCUGCCGCAGAUGCUCUGCCCCCCACUCCCUGCACUGACCUCCGAGGGGCGGCCACGCUCCCCUGCCUGAGGGAAGAAGGGGCUGCUUUGGCCCUGCCUCCGCCCCACUGUGCCUUUGAGCCCCAUCCCUCACCCCUUUUGCACUACCAGAAUCUCACUCUGCGACCCCCUGGCCAAGGAGACGGGGCUCCCCAAAGGGGUCCCACUCCUGGAAGCACCCUCGCCUCAACUGACAGCCCCCAGUGCGGGGCGCUAAGCUUUGGGGGGGCAACAUCAGCACCAAGGAAGGGGGAAGCUCCCCAGGAUGUAUGCUGCUGAAUAAAAAAGAAAAAGUAUAAAUGUGGGGCAUGCGCAGGAGAUUUUUUUCCAGGGUGUGUGGGGGUGUGUAUAAAAUAAAACAGCCACUCAAGAC